AUGGAGACGCGAGUGUUGUCUGGCGCUGGAACCUUGUCCUCCCUCCCUCACCUCCACAAACCGUCGCGGGAGGUCGACGCCGGCCCCUCCCUCGACGCUGGACCCUCCCUCGUCGCCCCUCCCUCGUUCCCCUAUCUGAAAUCGAAACUGAAACUGGAACCGAAGAGAGAGAGAGAAAAAAUGAGGGAGCCAUCGUCGGUGGUAUUCGAAGGCAACGACGUUGUUCCACUGCAAGCUCUUCUCCAGAGACUGAAAGACUACGAUCAAGAACACGCUUUCGCCCUCUGGUACGAGCUCUCUUACGAGGAACGCGAGUUUCUCGUCAAGGACAUUGAGAGUUUAGAUCUUUCAAGAAUUGACCGGAUUAUUCGGUGCUCGCUGCGAUCUCAAGGACUGCCGGUGGCGGCCAUUGAGCCUGUGUCGGAGAGUAGUGUGUCGACGGUGGUGGAGAGAAGUCAAGAGGAUCGAGAGAGAUGGUGGAAAAUGGGAUUGAAGGCCAUUUCUGAUGGCAAAUUAGCUGUAUUGCUUUUAUCUGGUGGCCAGGUAUAUUUUAAUCUAUUUUUUAUGAACAUAUACAUAUUCUUCUUGAUGUUAGGCCAACCUGUGAGAGAGAGAAGGCACGUGUGGCUAGGUCUUUGCACGUUCCAAUCAAUUGUUGCUUGUGUUCCAAAAAAAGUUCACAUUGAGGGAGCUAGUGAAACAGGAUUCAAGAUAUCAUCAAUUGAAAUUACGGAUGCUAUCAAAGCUGGAUUGGAUGAACCUAUUCAGCCAGAGCCUGUGGUAUUUGUUCCUUCAGCUUAA